GGACACACAAAGAAAGAGAGUGAGAGAGAGAGAGAGAGGAGUCCACCACUUCCCCUCCCUGAUCUCUUCUCCUCAUCAUCCUCCUCCUCCUUGGCUUGUCUCUUCUUCUUCUUCUUCCUGUAGUACUCAUGGAUUUGGUCUCUCCCACUGAGCACUUGUGCUACGUCCGCUGCACCUACUGCAACACAGUUCUUGCGGUUGGAGUUCCAUGCAAGAGGCUGAUGGACACAGUCACUGUGAAAUGUGGUCACUGUAACCAUCUCUCCUUCCUCAGCCCCAGACCCUUGGUGCAGUCCCCGAGCCCCACCGACUAUGAGAUGGGUCUUCAGGGUCCUUGCACUGAAUGCCUGAGGGGCCAACCUUUGCCACCACCACCAUCAAGUUCAAGUGAACAAAUGAUCCAAAAACCAACAUACGUCGUCAAACCUCCCGAGAAGAAACACAGGAUGCCUUCGGCCUAUAAUCGCUUCAUGAAGGAGGAAAUACAACGAAUCAAAGCAGCUAAACCGGAUAUUCCUCACCGAGAAGCUUUUAGCAUGGCUGCUAAGAAUUGGGCUAAAUGUGAUCCUCGUUGCUCAACUAUCGCUUCGAUCUCUGGUAACAGUAAACUGCCUUCCGUUCCUCAAGUGGAAAGCAGUUGCCCCACCAUAGAAAGCUCCAAGGUUUACAAGAAAAUGGAACAAAAGGAUUAGGUCCCAGUAAAAGUCUGCAGCUCUCUCUCUUUCUCUCUCUUCAUUGUGAUGUACUGAUGUUGGUAGUUUUUGUUGGAUGUUGCCCUCUCUCUAUAACUAAGAAACAUCUAUAAUGAUGUAGUACUUCC